AUGUCACACAAAAACUCGGGCUCAAUUGAGCCUGAUGACGGCGAGGACGAUGCUCUAAUCAACAAGCUCCUGAAUGGAGAAGGCGAGGUCCCAGAAGAUUUCAGUUUCGGCGACACUGUCGGCAAGGUGGACGACGCUGUAGACUACGAAGACAUAUCAGACGAUGACCUCCUUCCAGAAGAAGAACCUUCAAACGCAUUUAAUACUACUUUGGACUCUACCCCGUCAAGUGACAAUGAUUUGUUCGGCAUGGUAGAGGAGGGCUUUGUGGACGAGAAGGAUAUGGUGGGCGAAGACAAGGAAGGCGUUGAAGAUUGUCAAGCGGAGAUUGACUUCGACGACCUAUUCGGAGAUUCAGAUCCUGUAGAUGAAUCAGUACUAUCCAAUACUGAGACUCUUGACAUCAAUCCACCCGCGGAUGGGCUUCAUGAUCGCGAAGAUUUCAUCAUGGCAGACGCAGAUAUGGAUGAAGAAAUGCUUGGAUUUUUUUCUGACGGUAAUUCUUCAGGCGAGGGUUCCGAAAUGGAAAUAUCAAUCCAGCCCCGUCAAAAGGACCUUGUUAAACAAUACUUCCCGGACUUUGAGCCUCAUAAAAUUCUGUCUUUUAACUCACUAUUCAGGCCCAAAUAUACUACUUUGUCGGUCCCCUCUUUCAAUCCGCCAAAGGUAUGCGUGCCAACAAAGGUAAAUUUAGAGAUGGCUCCAGAUGGGCAGGCACAUUUUAUAAAAUCGAUAGCUCUGGUGGACUCUGGGUUGAGAGGGAGUAAAAGAAUUGUCACUAUCCAUCAAGAACCUGAAGUGGCGGAUGUAGAGGGAGAAAACACAGAGGAUGGACCGCAGAAUCCAGUAUUUGAUAGGGAUCUUAUACUUGCCUGCGAUGACUGGGAAAGCAAAUUGGAUACCAUGAUGACCACGCCCCCGCCGCCUCCAAAUUUGAAGAGGCCCAGCAAUGAUGAAGUGGAAGAUAACGAAUCCGGAAAUUGUGACUCUCAUCAGCCUAAGCGCUUGAUGAAAAGUUUAAAAAAUAAUUUUAUCGAUAAUCUCCCGGACUCAUGGCUCGACGAGAAGGCCAUUUUUGAGGGGAAUCUUACCUCAAUUUGUGCCAAAGUUACUCUUGAUCUCAAUGACCCUCGCCUUUUAAUUGAUAUUCACCAACCUAAUGACACUUCUCAUGCUCGUCGUAUUGGGGGUGAAUUUAGGCGUCGUGUCAAAAAAGAUUUCACACAAAGAUACAACAUCAGUAACGACGAAGCCUACGAUCUACUGAACAAAAUUACCCAGAGACGGGUUCGAAGUACUUUAGGGCAGCUGGAGAUUGAACAUAGUCUGCCAGCCUUGAAGUUUCAGACCCCAUUUUACAAAGAGAAACUUUCAUUAGCGGAGCAAAGGUCAUAUCAUCGUCCUACGUUUGCUUUUGACAUCAACCAAGAGUAUCGGUUUGAGCGGCUUGAACACCGUAAACGGAAGACUUAUCAUAGGCUUCCAGCAACGGUUUCCCUCUCAACUGCCAAGGAUAUUUCUCUUCAAGACGAUCUUCCCUUUGUCUUGUUGGAAUAUUCAGAGGAGCACCCCACUGUUCUAUCAAACUUCGGCAUGGGUAGUAGGAUUAUAAAUUACUACCGCCGAGUUAGUACUCAAGAUGCUGCACGCCCCAAGCGUGACAUUGGAGAAACUCAAGUCUUACUUUCUGAAGAUAAAUCGCCAUUUUGGAACUUUGGCACUGUAGAUCCAGGGGAGGUGGUUCCUACACUUUAUAACGGAAUGUUCCGUGCACCUAUCUUCCAACAAUCCGUGAAACCGACAGAUUUUUUGGUUGUCAGAAAUACAAGCGAAAACCGAGUCCAUCAUUUUCUGAGGACUAUUCCACGUAUUUUUGCUGUUGGCCAGCUCCUACCUGUCACGGAAAUCCCAAGCCCUCAUUCCAGGAAAGUCACCACAACCAUAAAGAAUAGGCUUCGGAUGAUAUGCUAUCGCAUCCUAAAGCACAAGCGCAAAGACUCUAAAUAUAUGGGCCCAAAGGACCUUGCCAAGCAUUAUCCUGAAGGCAACGAAAUGCAGAACCGUCAAAAGUUGAAGGAUGUAUUGGAACGGAUUGGUGGAGGUUUUUGGGCUAUGAAGCCUGAUGAACACUUUCCAACCGAGGAAUCAAUUAGGAGCUUGAUCAAACCAGAAGAUUUAUGCUUAUUGGAGGCGAUGCAAGUUGGGAUGAGAAAUAUAGCAGAUACGGGAUACUCAAAAAUCUUCGACGAUGAAGUUGUGGAAGACGGGAGAGCCAAACAACAACUGGAGCCAUGGGAUCUAUCAAAAAACUUUCUCGAAGCGACUCAAGGAAAAGCCAUGUUGGAGCUUUACGGGGAAGGUGAUCCGACAGGUCGUGGUGAAGCAUUUAGUUUUGUUAAGACAAGCAUGAAAGGUGGUUUUAAAGCAGUUGGGAAAAGUAUCGAGGAGAACAUGGACCAGCGUCUUAAAGAGUUGGGAGGUCAUAAGUACAAUGUGGCCCGCCAGGAGAGAGAGUACGCAGACGCCAUACAUCGAAUUUGGCAAGCCCAAAAGCGUAGUCUCAGCUGCACUGAACCACCAGAAUUGGAGAGUGAAGAUGCACAAAGAGACGACGAGUAUGACAUGCCUACGCCUGACGAAGGUAAAAUAUUUGCAGGAGAUGAAACUGCUAGCCAGUUUACUAGAGCCAGCACUAUCAACCAGGGCAACAAGAUUUUGAGGAUUAAGAGAAUUGCCAUUAACAAAAAGGGUGAAAAGGAAGCUACCGUAGUGACCAUCACGGACCCUCAGGUUAUCAAACAAUACGUUCGAAGACGGAGAGAGCUUGAUGCAGAGAAAACGAAUAUUGCAGAAAUCGUCCGCACUGGCAUCAAGGAACACGAUGAGAUCAACAAAAGAAGAUUGCGUGAAGAACUAGCUCGCCUCCAGUUAAAUAAAGAGCGCCGUGAACUUCGAGAGCGUCAGGCCCUGCGCGGGGGGCGUAGCGCGACUCCUAAAUCCCGCCAGGAAUCUGGGGAUGGAACACCGAAAUCAACCUCAGGAAAGGCAACAACCAACAGAAAAUGCGCUAAUUGCGGGCAAGCAGGGCAUAUACGUACAAAUACGAGAGUCUGCCCAAAAUUGAACGGGACUUGGGAAAAAAUGGGAAUGAGUCCAACCCGAGUAAAGCGUCAGCGUUCUGAGUCUGAAUGA